AUGGUGAUCGCAUCAAAGCCUACGACAUAUGACAGCACCAAGAGGAUAGCUCAUCAGCUAACCCUCACAGAGAUCCAAGGAACAAAAGUGGUCUUAAAGGCUGAGUCUCCCAAAUCUAGAACAAACAAGCGCAAGUUUAAUAGAAAGAAUCCCAAACAAUCAUCUGAGAAAAGACAAGAAGUGGCAACCAACUACGCAGCCACAACAGCAGUACCUACUCAACCAAAAUCUUCAUGGUGCAAUCAGUGCAACCGUCAUCAUCCAGGUGACUUUUUUGUCUACAUGAAGUGCAAGAAAAAGGGGCAUACUGCUAGUUACUACAGGAGCACAACACCUGCAACAGUCGAUCAACAUACCAAUAAUGGGACAGGCCAUGGAGAAGGAAGAAAAUGCUACGAGUGUGGGGAGGUUGGACAUAUCAAAAAAGAAUGUUCAAAGUUAAGGAGUCAAGGAGGCAUAGGAUGUGGCAGGGCAUUUGUGAUUGGAAGUAGAGAGGCUAUCCAGGACCCUUUGGUCGUAUCUAGUACGUUUCUUAUACAUAAUUUAUAUGCUUCUAUACUCUUUGACUCUGGAGCAGAUUGA